UAAACGAAUAACCAGCUUGCAACAAAUUGUUUCAAGUCGUGUUGCAACUUCAUACAUGUAUAUUUGCAACAAUAGCAUAUAUAUAUAUCAAUUCGUAUCGAAGAAUUUUUCAGAGUCCGAUCGAACAGCAACGUUGAAUUUAAUUUAACGGAUCGAUAAACGAGAGUAACGGUGGUCUAGAAAAAUCGAAACGGGCGGCCAUCUUGGUUAUCGCGAAGCUUUGUUUGCGCCAACUUCACGCGGCCAGUCGCAUUUCUCUACUUUUUCGCGAGAUUGUCGCUUCUCGUCCACUGUGUAUCUGUCCUGGGUCCAAAACGAAAACAACAAUCCGUUUCUCCGUGGAAAAUUCAUCGCUGUGCGACCGACGAAGAAGAACAGGAGCCACUUCUCGGUGGUUGCCUAAGCCCUGACAUCCGAGCACGAGCACAAUAGCGAAUGAUGGUCGACUACUACAAGAUCCUCGAGGUGCAACGGACCGCCUCUAGUGGGGAUAUAAAAAAAGCAUACAGAAAAUUAGCACUGAGAUGGCAUCCAGACAAAAACCCCGAGAACCUGGACGAAUCGAACAAAAAAUUCAAAGAAAUAUCCGAGGCGUACGAAGUGUUGAUAGACGAUGCGAAGAGACGAAUCUACGACCAACGAUUGUAUCAGAAGGCGUCUUCGAGGCCCGGCCGUGGAUUCACCAGCCGGAAUUACUUUGACUCUGCUUUCCAGCGAUUUUUCGAAAAGAAAAGACGUGUCUACGACCAGUAUGGAAAGGAAGGUCUUCAAAUGCCAGGAAACAAGAGGCGACACGAUGACGACUUUGAUCCUCGCUUCGCUAAUACCUUCGUCUUCAGAGAUCCUGCGGAAGUAUUCAGAGAAUUCUUCGGUGGUAGUGCUUUCGCAGACUUGUACAAGAUGACUGAUGACCUCAAUGUAGGCUUUCACAGGCGUAGUCACCCAAGCAGUAACAGCAUAAGUACGCCUUUCUUCAACCCUUUUGGGAUUCAUUUUUCACCGUUCACCAACAUUUUUGAAGGUGGAGGAAACACCUUCACCUCGUUCAACUCGUUCGCAAGCUUCGACGGAACCAGCGGUGGUGGUGGCGGUGCUAUGAGGCGAACGAAUACCUCGACGAGAUUUAUCAACGGCAAGAAGAUCACCACCAAAAAGAUUUACGAGAACGGAAAGGAAACGAUAAUGUCUUUCGAAAACGACGUGCUGAAGUCGAAGACGGUGAACGGCGUCCCACAAUCAAUAACGUUUGACGAGGCAUCGACGAGUCGCCCGCUGACCGACAAUGCCAGCGACAUCGCGAUGGCUGGCCAGAACUCGAGAACAGUCAACGGUGACCAUCUGAGGGCUAGCAGAAUAAAGACGCACUAUCAUCCACUUCUCACUAAGAAGCACACAGACAAGAGUAAGAGAAAAUAGAGGCCAAACAAUGCAGCCUUCUCUCAUUCUUUUCAGUUCUUCCCGUCUUUUGUUUCUAUUUUUUUUCUCUUUUUUUUUUUUUUGGUCUCUUUCAUUUAUCUAUCAGACGCAUACAUACCUACAUACACGCAUACAUAUGUGUAUCCCAUUACGGAGCUGAUGCAAAUUUUCGUCUUAAUUCCUAAUUAACGUCGCUUUUGCUGUCGUCAGAGUAAAGAAACGUGUUCGGUGUCGUAACCUCCCGCGAGAGGGAUAUAAAGCAAUCUUUUGCAAAAAUAAACGUGUAUCAGUAGCUUAGCUUCGACUGACCAUUUUGUCCGGCUUGAAAGUAUCAAUAAAAAUUCGCUACGAAGUUAUUCUCACUGAAAAAAAGCUCGUUUUCUUCGACCAACGUCUGCGCAAGGAGGAGAGAAAUCAUGUGCGACAGAUUUUCUCGCGUUUUAUAAACAGCGCUUUCAUGUUUCCGUUCGAAAUCUUACGCGUUACAUUUACAUACGGUAAGUUUCGCUUAUCUUAGUUUUUUAGAGAUUUAAAUGAAUCAAUAUCUCGUAAGUUACGUAAUAUUUCUAAGUCGCGAGAACUCGAGAACACUUGGGACUGAGUUUUACGAGUUUCAACUCGCGUUAAAGUACACGCGCACGUGGACGCAUUUUACGCGUACAUACGUUCUUUUACGAUCCGUUUAACUUCGCAGCCAUAACCAGUGCUCUUAAAUAUAAAAUAUUGUAUUACGACUACAUAUACAUAUACAUAUACAUAUAGUAUAUUGAUAUAUACUUCAAUAGCACUACCAUCUACCGUGGACUCAACGUUCCUGAUAGCAGUGUAACUGUGUAACGUUCACGAUGGAUGAAUGGCAUGUGUUCCUUUUUAGGCGAACCGUGAAACAGGGAUUCAGAGAUAGGAUUUCCGUUCUGUCGCGAAAACAUUUUCCCAAACACUUAAGUGUCGUAAUCGUAUUGUUUCUUUUAGUUAGUUUCUUGCGUAUGUGUAUAUAAUGAUAAGGAAGAAAUGUUAAACUUACGUGGAAAAUACAUUAUUAAUACACACUA